AUGACCGGGCGCGGCGAGCAGCUGCGCCUCCGGGCCGACCUCGAGCUGCCCCGGGACGCGUUCACGCUGCAAGUGUGGCUGCAAGCGGAGGGGGGCCAGAGGUCCCCGGCGGUGAUCACAGGGCUGUAUGACAAAUGCUCUUACACCUCACGAGACCGAGGAUGGGUCGUGGGCAUUCACACUGUCAGUGAUCAAGGCAACAGAGACCCACGCUACUUUUUCUCCUUGAAGACAGACCGGGCCCGGCAAGUGACCACCAUCAAUGCCCACCGCAGCUACCUCCCAGGCCAGUGGGUAUACUUAGCUGCCACCUAUGACGGUCGGCUGAUGAAGCUCUAUGUGAACGGUGCCCAGGUGGCAACCUCUGGGCAGCAAGUGGGUGGCAUAUUCAGCCCGCUGACCCAGAAGUGUAAAGUGCUCAUGUUGGGAGGCAGUGCUCUGAACCACAACUUCCGGGGCUACAUUGAGCACUUCAGUCUAUGGAAGGUGGCCAGGACUCAGCAGGAGAUACUGUCCGACAUGGAAACUCAUGGCCUCCACACCCCUCUACCUCAGCUCCUCCUCCAGGAGAACUGGGACAAUGUGAAGCGCACUUGGUCCCCCAUGAAGGACAGUCACAGCCCCCGAGUGGAACUCAGCAGUGCUCAUGGCUUCCUGCUGGAUACGAGUUUGGAGCCCCCUCUGUGCGGGCAGACGCUAUGUGACAACACAGAGGUCAUCGCCAGCUACAACCAGCUCCCGACUUUCCGCAGGCCCAAGGUGGUGCGCUACCGCGUGGUCAACCUGUAUGAUGAUGACCAUAAGAACCCCAUGGUGAGCCGCCAGCAGGUGGACUUCCAGCACCAGCAGCUGGCCGAGGCCUUCAAACACUACAACAUCUCCUGGGAGUUGGAGGUGCUGGAGGUGAACAAGUCCUCUCUGCGCCAGCGCCUCAUCUUGGCCAACUGUGACAUCAGCAAGAUCGGGGAUGAGAACUGUGACCCCGAGUGCAACCACUCGCUGACUGGCCAUGACGGUGGGGACUGCCGCCACCUGCGCCACCCUGCCUUCAUGAAGAAGCAGCAGAAUGGUGUGUGUGACAUGGACUGCAACUAUGAACGGUUCAACUUUGAUGGCGGGGAGUGCUGUGACCCCGAAAUCACUGAUGUCACCAAGACGUGCUUUGAUCCUGACUCUCCACACAGAGCCUACUUGGAUGUUAAUGAGCUGAAGAAUAUUCUUCGAUUGGAUGGAUCAACACACCUCAAUAUUUUCUUUGCAAACUCUUCAGAGGAGGAGUUGGCAGGAGUAGCAACGUGGCCAUGGGAUAAGGAGGCCCUCAUGCACUUAGGUGGCAUUGUCUUGAACCCUUCUUUCUACGGCAUCCCUGGGCACACCCACACCAUGAUCCACGAGAUCGGGCACAGCCUGGGCCUCUAUCACAUCUUCCGGGGCAUCUCAGAGAUCCAGUCCUGCAGCGACCCCUGCAUGGAGACAGAGCCCUCUUUUGAGACCGGAGACCUCUGCAAUGACACCAACCCAGCCCCCAAACACAAGUUUUGUGGCGACCCAGGACCAGGAAAUGACACCUGUGGCUUUCAUAGCUUUUUCAACACUCCUUUCAACAACUUCAUGAGCUAUGCAGAUGACGACUGUACAGACUCCUUCACGCCCAAUCAAGUCGCCAGAAUGCACUGUUACCUGGACUUGGUGUACCAGAGCUGGCAGCCCUCCAGAAAGCCGGCGCCCGUCGCUCUCGCGCCCCAGGUCGUGGGACACACCAUGGACUCCGUGACGCUGGAGUGGUUCCCGCCCAUCGAUGGCCACUUCUUUGAAAGAGAAUUGGGAUCAGCAUGUGACCUUUGCCUGGAAGGGAGGAUCCUGGUGCAGUAUGCCUUCAACGCCUCCUCUCCAAUGCCCUGUGGCCCAUCAGGACACUGGAGCCCUCGGGAAGCUGAAGGUCAUCCAGAUGUGGAACAGCCCUGUAAGUCCAGCGUCCGCACCUGGAGCCCAAAUUCAGCUGUCAACCCACACACAGUCCCUCCAGCCUGCCCUGAGCCACAAGGCUGCUACCUCGAGCUGGAAUUCCGGUACCCCGUAGUCCCCGAGUCUCUGGCUAUCUGGGUGACCUUUGUCUCCACUGACUGGGACUCUAGUGGAGCUGUCAAUGACAUCAAACUGUUGACUGUCAGUGGAGCAAACAUCUCCCUGGGCCCUCAGAAUGUUUUCUGUGACAUUCCACUGACCAUCAGACUCCAGGAUGUGGGCGAGGAGGUGUAUGGCAUCCAGAUCUACACAUUGGAUGAACAUCUGGAGAUCGAUGCUGCCAUGUUGACCUCUGUUGCAGACAGCCCACUCUGCCUGGAGUGUAAGCCUCUGCAGUAUAAAGUGGUCCGAGACCCUCCUCUCCAGGAUGACGUGGCAUCUCUCCUACACCUCAGUAGAAGAUUCAAAGACAUGGAUUUUAAUGUUGGCUCUCCUGCGUCUUGGUGGGUUGGUGUUGUGUCNGGAACUGAAGAAAGUGAGCCAUCACCUGCUGCCAUAUACAUCCAUGGGAGUGGAUACUGUGGUGAUGGCAUUAUCCAGAAAGACCAAGGUGAAGAAUGUGACGAUAUGAAUAAGAUCAAUGGUGAUGGCUGCUCCCUGUUCUGCCAGCAAGAAAUCUCCUUCAAUUGCAUUGAUGAACCCAGCCGGUGCUAUUUCCAUGAUGGGGACGGGGUGUGUGAAGAGUUUGAACAAAAGACUAGCAUUAAAGACUGUGGCGUCUACACACCUCAGGGGUUCCUGGAUCAGUGGGCAUCCAAUGCUUCAGUGUCUCAUCAGGACCAACAGUGCCCAGGCUGGGUUGUCAUCGGACAGCCAGCAGCAUCCCAGGUGUGUCGAACCAAAGUCAUCGAUCUCAGUGAGGGAAUCUCCCAGCAUGCCUGGUACCCUUGCACCAUCAGCUAUCCUUACUCCCAGCUGGCUCAGACCACUUUCUGGUUGCAGGCGUAUUACUCUCAGCCAAUGGUCGCUGCAGCUGUCAUUGUCCACCUGGUGACCGAUGGGACAUAUUAUGGGGACCAAAAACAAGAGACCAUCAGCGUGCAGCUGCUUGAUACCAAAGAUCAGAGCCACGAUCUAGGCCUCCAUGUCCUGAGCUGCAGGAACAAUCCCCUGAUUAUCCCUGUGGUCCAUGACCUCAGCCAGCCCUUCUACCACAGCCAGGCUGUACGUGUGAGCUUCAGUUCGCCCCUGGUCGCCAUCUCGGGGGUGGCCCUCCGCUCCUUCGACAACUUUGACCCCGUCACCCUGAGCAGCUGCCAGAGAGGGGAGACCUACAGCCCUGCGGAGCAGAGCUGUGUGCACUUCGCCUGUGAGGCCACCGACUGCCCAGAGCUGGCCAUGGAGAAUGCUUUUCUCAAUUGCUCCAGCAGCGACCGCUACCAUGGCGCCCAGUGCACUGUGAGCUGCCGGACAGGCUACGUGCUCCAGAUACAGCGGGAUGAUGAACUGAUCAAGAGCCAGGUGGGACCCAGCGUCACGGUGACCUGCACAGAGGGCAAGUGGAGCAAGCAGGUGGUGUGUGAGCCCGUGGACUGCGGCGCCCCAGACCACCACCACGUCUAUGCCGCUUCCUUCUCCUGUCCUGAGGGCACCACCUUUGGCAGCAGAUGCUCCUUUCAGUGCCGUCACCCUGCUCAGCUGAAAGGCAACAACAGCUUCCUGACCUGUAUGGAGGAUGGGCUGUGGUCCUUCCCAGAGGCCCUGUGUGAGCUCAUGUGCCUGGCUCCACCCCCGGUGCCCAACGCAGACCUCCAGACGGCCCGGUGCCGAGAGAACAAGCACAAAGUGGGCUCCUUCUGCAAGUACAAGUGUAAACCAGGAUACCACGUGCCCGGCUCCUCUCGGAAGUCAAAGAAACGGGCCUUCAAGACUCAGUGUACCCAGGAUGGCAGCUGGCAGGAGAGCGCUUGUGUUCCUGUGACCUGUGACCCGCCUCCACCCAAAUUCCACGGGCUUUACCAGUGCACCAAUGGCUUCCAGUUCAACAGCGAGUGUAGGAUCAAGUGCGAAGACAGUGAUGCCUCCCAGGGACGCGGGAGUAACAUCAUCCACUGCCGGAAAGAUGGCACCUGGAGUGGUUCCUUCCAUGUCUGCCAGGAGAUGCAAGGCCAGUGCUCAGCCCCGACCCAGCUCAACAGCAACCUCAAACUGCAGUGCCCCGACGGCUACGCCAUAGGGUCAGAGUGUGCCACCUCGUGCCUGGACCACAACAGCGAGUCCAUCAUCCUGCCCACGAACGUGACUGUGCGUGACAUCCCCCACUGGCUGAACCCCACACGAGUGGAGAGAGUUGUCUGCACUGCUGGUCUCAAGUGGUAUCCUCAUCCUGCUCUGAUUCACUGUGUCAAAGGCUGUGAGCCCUUCAUGGGAGACAAUUACUGUGAUGCCAUCAACAACCGAGCCUUCUGCAACUAUGAUGGUGGGGAUUGCUGCACCUCCACGGUGAAGACCAAAAAGGUCACCCCUUUCCCUAUGUCCUGUGACCUACAAGGUGACUGUGCUUGUCGGGACCCUGAGGCCCAAGAACACAGCCGGAAAGAUCUUCGGGGAUACAGUCACGGCUAAGGAAGGACAAGAGUUUUCAAAGAAUUCCCAACGCCAAGACCUACAUCCCUUUGGUAUUGAUUUCACAGUCCGCUGCUCAAUGGAAUGGCCUCUCCACACCAGGGAUCCUUAGCACCCAACCGGUCUGCCUUUAAUUUCACCCAGGAAGGACUCAGAGUGGGGCAAAUGAACCAAGUCUCGCCAUGUUGAAUGAUGGAAUGGAAUCCCAUCCCAAAAUCUGAGAUGGAUGGCAUAUGCAGUGUGCAGUCCCAGAGCCUCCUAAAAUUCUAACCAUUUGUCAUAUGACCACAGCAAAAAACAUGUUCUGUAUCUAGGAGUAUGCAUAUCUGUGGUUAGAACACAUGCAUGCAUACACACCCAUACAAACAUCUGUGUGAGGACAGCUCUGGAGACUGAGCAGAAAGAGACUGGAACAAACUCAAUCUUUCCUUUCCCAAGCUCCUAGCCAACACUAUCCUUGGGAGAAAGAGAGUUACAGAAACUGCUAAGACCAAGUACUGAGAUGCCAAGAUUGCUCACAUCCCAGGGCUCAGAAUAUGUACGGCAUGCACAAUUGUGCAGUCCUUUGGGAUUAGAAGUGAAAUGAUCCGUGAUCACCCACCUUCUAGGGAACUAGGGCCUAGGAAAAGGUAAAGAUUCCAAGGUAUGCAAAGCCCCCCACCCAAUUAUUCUGCUGCCAUGGGGAUUUUACCCCAACUCAAGGGUUCAAGGCCAAGCUGGAAAUGGCUUAGGACUGCAAAGUCAAGGUAUUAUACCAUCCCCCUGCUUGAGGCUUGAGGUCAUAAGAUCCCUCCACAUCCCACCAGUUUCCCAGAUCUUGCCUUGGGACCACAUUUGCUGCUACUUUUCCUGCUGCUCUAUCUUAUACAUUAAGUACCCCAAGAUGGUAGAACUAGGUUAGGAAAAACCCCACACAACCAAGCAGUCUGCCUUAAAAAUGACCCAUAUUUCCCACAGUUCCUCACUUAGCCCUUCUACAAAAGAAAAAAAAAACCCUCAUGGGCCCACAUGGUGAGAAGUUAAGAACCCGAUGGGUGAGUCUCUUAUCCUGGAAGGGAAUUGAGGGACCUCAAAUGCUGGAGCCCUUCCUGAGAGUCCAGAACGUCUAAGCCAGUGUUAGAUUUUGUAAUCAAGUGGAACAGUGUUAAGCUUCUGGGAUGUCGGAGCCUUCCAGAGACUAGGAAUUGACAGGACUGAUGGAUUCUUAUGUGUCUCCUGGUCUUCCUAGCCCUCCAGGCCCGAGUCGGCAUUGAUUCUGAGACCCUGACUCUUGUUCUGAGUAGUUAGAAUUCUGGAACAGAGAAUCCCCUUGGAUGUGAUCAGUGGGGCUGAGUUCUACAGGGAAAACAGAGGGAAGCCCAAAAGAUCACAGCCUUGGUAACCAAUACGGUCAUCAGGUUUUCCAUAUAAUUUUCCAGCCACCAGGACUCCUUUCCACACCUGUGAAUGGACAACCCCUCCCUCUCUUCCAUGUUCAGCUUCCAAAAGUCAAGAGGAAAUCAGCCAAUGGAACAUGGAAGUCUCCACCUCCAUUAGGGCCUCUUUACCUCUUUCUAGUCAGUUGCCUGUCCGUGCCCUUUGAAUUAAUAUGGGAAGACAUUCAUUAUUACAGGAUGAAAUGGAGACAGUUGUUAAACCUGACAUAUUUUUUGAAACCUGGAGCUGGGACGUAAGGAGAUGGGAGGGUUUAAACUAAUUAUAUCCAUAGAGAUUACUGUAAAUCAAGUGAUCUCCAGUCUAGUGAAGACAACCAACAAAAGCAAAGUCUAGGACAGAAAUGGAAAACGCCAGGCACAUGUGCAGCCCCUCCUAAUUCCUGCUUCCAAGGCAGGCUUUAUUAAUCCAUCAUGUCCCCUUUUCCUAUUGGGACCAAAAAUAACUUCAGAAAUAAUCUUAUUACUCCCAACAGCCAUUACCUGUUGAUUAAGAACACUUGAAAAGGCAUCUAUUGGCCAUCUGUAGUCUGUUAUAUUAAGAAACAUAUCUGGUGCCUUUUGCACAGGUGCCCACAGAUGCAGUGUUGAGUUUAUUACAAACUCUGAGAUUAAGUUCCAGAAUGGGGAGGCUACCACCACUGUGCAGGCCAGGCUCAAAUCCUUUAUAUUUCCUCCUUUAAAAACAUAUCACAUUUAUAUUGAGGGAUUUUUUAAAUUACCAGUGCCGAUCCUUAGCAAAAAAAAAAAAAUGGUAAUAAUAAUAAUAAGAAGAAGAGUGCUAGAAGAAUUGACCUUACUUUCUAACCUUCUUCAUAUUGUAGAACUCUUGAGAACUCUUAGGGCCCCUCUCUUGCCCUAGCUGAGUUAGCAAACUGAAGUGUUAGUUUAGAAGGUGCGAGCUAAGAAAGGUAAUAGGGCCAGACCUUUCAGAGACUAAAUUAUACCCAUAAAUAAUAGAAAAAGCUCUGAAACCCAAAACUGGCAUUACUAAUGAUAGGAUUGCAGGAACCGUGGAGAAAUCUCACCAACUCCCCUUAUGUCAAUCCUAAUACCAUGUCCGCCUUCAUUCUCAUCGUCCUCUAUCCUAUCCCUAUAUUCUCCACCUGAGCAAAGAUUCCCAGAGGCUGGCUUUCAUCUUCAGAUCCUCAUAUUCCAUGGAGUCCUCUGGGUAAAGACCCACCCAGACUCUUCCUCACUGUCAUUCAAACUUGUUAUUUGUAGAGGAUAUUAGGCAGAAGAGGCUGCUUGAUUGGUGGCCAGCCCCGGGCUCACAAACAAUGUGUAAUUAAUAGACUUUUCUCUAGACUUACUGGAAGCAUCAGUUCUAUCCAUGCAAUGCAAUGCACUGAUGCCCAGUUCCAUUUUCUCCUUGGGAAUAAACUCCUUGUCACCUCCCUUCAGUUAUCUGCUUGGGACAAUGGAGUACUCAAGAGGAGGUGUCUCUGAAGCACUGCUAUAUAUCCACAGUCCAGGGGCCCUAAGAUGCUUAGGAGCUCUGCAUCUGAAGAAGUAUUAGCCUGUUAGCAGCAAGAAAGAAAAGAAGAGGGGGACAAUUCUCUAAGCCUGUCCUGGGAAGUCUUUCUAAACCACAACCUUAACUGUCUGUUCAGAGGAUUUGCAUUACCCCCAAAUUCUGUGCCAACGAUCUUGCAGGCAAUCCAGUCCUUGGUCAGUCAGUUUGGGUUGGCAAAUGGGGUGUAAAGGAAGAGAGAGACUAAGAUCAAUAGCAGGCCUUUGGAGAUGGAGGGUAUCAGCUGCUACUUUUGGCUUCGGCACAUUGGGUCACUGCCUAGAUAAUUCUCUUGGUCUUAUUCCCAUCUUGGCCAAUGGUUAAAUGCUAUUUGUUGAAAAUAAUUCUUUGAGACAGAUUUCAGCUACCUCCCUUCCAGGUUUGAUUUAACUUGGUUGUAACUGUCAAUUUGUUAUAGGUCUUACCUGUGUUUAAAAAGAAAAAAAAAAAAAGAAAGUGAGUAAGAGAAAGAAAGAAAGGGUGAAAAGGAAGGAAGGAAACCAUAAAGUCAACAGUUUUGAGGUUUUGUGUUUUUUGUUUUGUUUUGUUUUCUCUGGAGCUACUUCAAGUGAGAAAAUAUAUAGAAGGAAUUGAUGGCGACAGAGCUGUACAGAUAGAAAUAAAUAGAGAACAAUUACAUUAAAAGGAAAUAAAAAUGCAUGAUUCACAACUAAGAAUAAAACCCUAUUUUUAUGUUUCCUAAAGAAAAUUGUUUAUUCUACAGACCAAGUAGUUAGACCCAGCAUAAAGAUUUCCGUAGAAAACAGAGAGUGGGGUUUUAUAACACUGUUAUUUUCUGUACAUUGUGGUAGGUCCAGUUAAUAUGGCAUUUCCCCCUUGGUGGUGUUGUUGUUGUUGGGGGGUGCUUCUUGCAGUUGUUGGGUGCAGUUGGGAUAGCAGGGCAUGGGGAGGGCUUUUAUUGAUUUUACCCAAUGUUAAGGAGAGGUACCACGUUGCUCUGCUUUUCCUGCUAUGAGGUGUUUACAUCCACCAGUGUAGCACAGGGUUUUAUAUAGACUGCACUCAGGAGCACACCGCAGAGGCCCAUUUCCUAAACAGCUGCUACGUGACCAGACAGGUAAUUCCAAUGUGCUUUGAGCCACAAAACAAACCGAGAAAACAACAAACACAAAAGGUAAACAGCAGACGAAUCAAAAGCCUCUGUGUAAUUUUCUUCAAAUUUUGCCAAAUUGCUACCAGUCAUUUGCUUUUGAUGAGCAAUAUACUCACAGCCAAGAGAGCAGUGAGGUCCCCACCACAGGGACCUCGAAUUCUCGACUCCAGGUAGCAGUUUGUUCAGUGAUCUUGAACAAGUGAUCCAAUUGCCUCUACGUUUUCCUCAGUUUCUCUAGCUGCAAAAUGGGGAUACUACUACUUACCUACCUCACAGUGGGAGGGCAGAGGAUUGUGAGGCCCUGAGGUUUGAAAUGGGCUGUGGCCAUCUGUGAGGACCAAGUUCUGCCAUGAAGUCCAUGGUUAUUUUUUCAACGCAGGGGUCCAUUGGCCUUUGAAGGAAGAUAGGGAGUCCUGUUGAUAUUCCAAAGCAUAAAGCUAGAGCCCCUGGAUUACUGCCCCCCUUAAGAGAGAGACUUGGAUUGAGGAAUACUUCACUUUUUAGCUCAGCCCCCUCCCCCGCCCCCUUAUUCUGGCCUUGACUGGUUCCAUGAUUUGAUUACAGGCCAGUGACUUCCUACAGAGUAAAAGUCAGUUUACUGUUGUCUAUUGAAGACUUAUGGGCCAUUUCCACCUUAGAGAGAGGAAGGGAGUCUCUAAGGUCUCCUCCUGCACAGACUCCUUACUUCUCACACUUCAGCUUCCACAUCGAGUGUUCCACGAAAAAAAGAGACGGCAUUCUGCGUGCAAACCCGUCAGGCUUCUUAAACUACACACCAGCAGUCAGUGAGGGGAACUUCCAACAAUUACUGAGUUGCUUUCUUGGGUCUCUAUAAUCAAUAACCCGUCUGCAGAUAUCUAUCUAUAUAAAGAUAUUAUAUAUAAAUAUAAAUUUACAUAUAUAUGCACAUGUAUAUAUAGUUGUACAUAUAUGUGUGUAUAUAUAUACUUAAAUGUAAUAUUUACAAAAUAAAACUGUGAUCUCGUCUAGAGAAAAUGUAUUCAUAUUACAAACUGCUCUUCCAUAUUUAUGUAUCAUAUUAUGCCUUUUUAUUAUUGUUAUAAUUAUUAUGGGUAUUUCUAAUUAUUAUGAUGUUGAAAUUUGGCACCUUCUGGAAGCUACCAAAAAAUGACUCCAUUGAAGUGCUUAAAAUCUGUUCUCAUGAGAAUUCUACUGGCCUACUGUAAAAAAAAAAAAAAAAAAA